AUGUUGGACUCUAUAGCGGAGCAAAACGCGAAGAUGGGAGGCCCCCCGGGAGGGAUUUUGGCGGGAUACACUGACUCAGGAUCAGGUUCGGACGGUGGUUCGGUGAGUGAGGAGAGCGCAGGCGGUGAUUGGCCGAUGCUGGACGCCAUAGAUGAGCAAAACGGCAGGAUGGGAGGCUCGGAAUAUGGCUCGGACGGCGGCUUCGAAGGAGGCUGGGAUGGUGGCUUGGAAGGAGGUUCGGAAGGAGAGUCGGUUGACGGGUCAGAUGGAGGUUGGGAAGAUGGUUCGGAUGAAUUUUGGGAAGAUUUUUCGGGCUCGAACUGGUACGACGGCUCGGAUGCAGGCUGGGAUGACGGCUCGGGUGGAGUCUGGGAUGAUGGUUCCGAAGGAAGCUGGGAUGUAGGCUCGGGGGAAGGCUCGGAGGAUGGCUGGGACGAUGGUUCGGACGGAGGUUGGGACGACAGCUCGGAGGGAGGCUGGGACGAUGGUAUGGGAGGUUGGGAUGAUAGCAGCAGCGAUGGCAACAGCACAUGGGAGGGCGACUACGGGAGUGACGACUACGGGAGUAACGACUAUGGGAGUGGAGGUGACGAGUAUUUCGCUGAACCUUCCGAUGCAGAGGACUCGCUUUAUCCCAGUGGCGGCGACUAUUACACUGCUGACAGUGCCGACAGCACUGCCGCACUCAAGCCCAUGGUCCCUCGCACUGCUGCUACUCGCCGCCCGCCACGCGCCAUGGCACGUCCCACGCCUGUUCCUCCGAACCAAGGUACCCGAGCCAAGCCGGUCAAACGCCAAGCCGGGGCUCGAGGCUCGGGCUCUCAAGCCAAGCUGGUGAAGCGUCCGGGAAACUACCACGGCGGUUCGGCCCAUGCCACGCCUGGCCACCACAACGGCAAACCCCGUCCCUCUGCCCACGUGGCAGCAAACCAGCACGCUGAUGAUGCCACUCCUGUCGACCCCCCUGCUGAUGGCGUCCCGAUCCCCCCGGUCCUCCCACCCACCACACCUCCUCCCACAAACGCUCCUCCAAGCGCCCCUCCUCCUACCACCACACCUCCCACCACCCCUCCCCCCACUACCACUCCUCCUACCACCCCUCCCCCCUCCACCACUCCUCCAACCACCCCUCCCCCCACAACCACCCCUCCCCCCACAACCACCCCUCCCCCCACCACCACUCCUCCCACCACUCCUCCCACCACCCCUCCCCCCACAACCACCCCUCCCCCCACUACCACCCCUCCCACAAUCCCUCCUCCCACCACCACUCCUCCUCCCACCACCGCUCACCACCUGCGCUGCGGCGUGGCCCCAGGCUCACUCCUCAACGCACUCAACUGGGCGUGUGGGCCCGGCGGCGCCGACUGCUCCUCCAUCCAGCCGGGCGGGGCGUGCUUCCAGCCGGGCAACCUCGCCCUGCACGCGUCAGUGGCCUUCAACUCCAUCUUCCACUCCCACGCGCACCGCCCCGGCUCCUGCUUCUUCGGAGGCAAUGCCGUGGUGGUUCCACAUGUGCCCGACUACGCUGCCGGCCCGGCCGCCUGCACCUUCCCGUCGUCCAACGGCCAGUUCUGCGUUGCUGCCUGCCAGGAGAUCCCUGACCCCUACUCUCCCCCUCCGGGCCUCGUUCACCCCGUAUACCCCCAAUACUCCCCCGAGCCGGAUUACCCCCCCAGAGGUGUCGUGGCGCCGGGCGGAGGCGGUAGGGGUGGCUGCGCGGCAGACAUGGGGGCGGUGCAGAGGGCGCUGGACUGGGCGUGUGGGCCGGGCGGGGUGGACUGCUCUCCCAUACUGCCGGGAGGGGCGUGCUGGCAGGGAGAUGGUGCGCUGGUACAGCAUGCGUCUCACGCCUUCAAUGCAUAUUUCUACCGUCACAACCACCAGCCUGGAACGUGCUUCUUUGGUGGUACUGCGGUGGUCGUCCCCCGCGUGCCUGACUAUGCUGCUGGCCCGCCCGCCUGCACCUGGCCCUCGGGUAACAGCCAGUACUGCGUCGUGGGGUGCUGA